CGUGGGUCCACAUCAUUAUGCUUAUACUCCUUAGUACCACACCAACAUCAUAUAUAAACCUCAAGGGAACAAAGAACCAAAAUAUUUACUAAAGCAAAUUAUAAAAAAAUCCUCAAUCCCUUUUUGAAAAAAAAUGGCGGCGGCGAUGGUUCCAGCAGGAGCAUUGAACGGUAUGCAAUCUGGGAAUGCCUCUUUGUACGUUGGUGAUCUUGAAAGGAACGUUGACGAGGCGCAGCUGUUUCAACUGUUUGCCCGAGUGGGCCCAAUAUUUUCAAUUAGAGUUUGUAGGGAUGAGACAAACCGAUCUCUUGGAUAUGCUUAUGUUAACUUUGUCAACCCACAGGAUGCUGCUAAUGCCAUGGAGCAUCUGAAUUUCACUCCUCUGAAUGGAAAAUCCAUUCGUGUUAUGUUUUCUAACCGAGAUCCUAGCAUUCGAAAAAGUGGAUAUGCAAAUGUGUUUAUCAAGAACCUUGACAUAUCAAUAGAUAACAAGACAUUGCAUGACACUUUUGCUGCCUUUGGAUUUGUACUCUCUAGUAAGGUAGCCGUUGAUAGCAUUGGUCAGUCGAAAGGGUAUGGAUUUGUGCAAUUUGACAAUGAAGAGUCUGCGCAAAAUGCUAUCAAAGAGUUGAAUGGCAUGUUGAUAAAUGAUAAAAAAGUCUAUGUUGGACUCUUUGUUAAUCGCCAGGAAAGGGCUCAGGUAGAUGGAUCACCAAAGUUCACCAAUGUGUAUGUGAAAAACUUUUCCGAAACAUAUACUGAUGAAGAUCUUGAGCAGCUCUUUAGCACCUAUGGUACAAUAACUAGUGCUGUGGUCAUGAAAGACACAGAUGGAAAAUCUAGAUGUUUUGGUUUUGUGAAUUUCGAAAGUCCAGAUUCAGCGGUUGCUGCGGUUGAAAGGUUAAACGGAACCACAGUCAAUGAUGAUAAGGUUUUAUAUGUAGGGAGAGCUCAAAGAAAAGCAGAAAGAGAGGCGGAGUUGAAAGCCAGAUUUGAGUUGGAAAGAAUAAGGAAAUAUGAAAAAUACCAUGGUACUAAUUUGUACGUGAAAAACCUUGACUAUAAUAUCAAUGAUGACAAAUUGAAGGAGCUGUUUUCUGAGUUUGGAACAAUAACAUCUUGCAAGGUGAUGCUUGAACCGAAUGGGCGUAGCAAGGGUUAUGGUUUUGUUGCCUUUUCUGCUCCUCGGAAUGCAAAUAGAGCCUUGCAUGAAAUGAAUGGAAAGAUGAUUGGACGGAGGCCCCUAUAUGUAGCUGUGGCCCAACGCAAAGAAGAGAGGAAGGCUCUUUUGGAGGCUCAAUUUUCUCAAAUGCAUGCCCUAUAUGCAAUCACGCAUUUACCUACGGGAAUCCCUGUAUAUCAUCCAGGGGCACCAAGACAUGGCCCUCAAGCAUUGCAUUAUGGUCAAGGGGCACCAAGUCUUGUAGCACCUCAACCAACAGGAUAUGGUUUCCAGCAGCAGCUCUUGCCGGGCAUGCAUCCUGGUGUUGCUCCAAAUUUCAUCAUGCCAUACCACCGCCAGAGACAGGUUCCUCCAAGACUUAGAAAUCUCCACCGGAACCAGAUGUUGCAUCUUAACUCCAGCCAAGGGUUUGGAUACAUGGGAAAUGGUCAAAAUGGCAUGGAUCCGUCAGUAGUUCCCCAUGGUAUAGUGGCUCCAAUGAUGCCAUUGCCCUUUGAUGGUUCAGGAAUUUCCGCAGCUCCUACUUAUAAUCAGCAUCCUGGUGGUUCAUUGUCCAACACAUUUGCCUCAGCUCUGGCUUCUGCUACCCCAGAAAAUCAGCACCUGAUGCUAGCUGAACAUCUAUAUCCACUUGUGGACGAAAUUACUAAAAAUCAUCAUCAGACUGAAAAGGUGACAGGAAUGUUGUUGGAAAUGGAUCAGUCGGAGGUCAUCCAUCUGACUGAGUCUCCCGAGGACUUGAAAAUAAAGGUGUUUGAGGCAAUGCAGGCCCUUGGUGAAGCCGCACCAGAUUCUGAAGAAGUUGGUGAUCAACUUGGCUCAGUCUCAUUGAAGGAAUGAUACAAUCUCAAUCUCGGUGUUAGAGUUAUAUACUCAAUCAUACUUGAGCCAUUUUCUCAUGAGGAUCUUGUUUUAUUCACCCUGGAUUAUUGACUUUUGAAUCAGAACAUUUGUUGUCAAGGAUCUUUUUAGUCUUCUAUGAAUUUCUUUUAAUUUGGAUUCGA